UUUGCUGGUUUUAAUCUUUUUAAAUCUUGAGAUUAAUAUUUUUUUUAGUGUCGCGCGCCGCUGCGGAAGGGGGGGGGGUCUGUUGCUUGGAAAUAUUCGCCGGAAGCCUUUUGCGGUUAGAAUUGUAGGCCGCGGCGGCUUGAAGCUACGGGGCUCAAAUAAACUAGAGAAUCAUACUCUUUGGUUCUUUCGGUAAAGUCAUGUAGGUAGAAUCGUGUUAUAAUCGCGAUAUUGCUCAAAUGCACGAGCGAAAAGGAACUAUGACCGGCAGAUACAUAUUAUUGUAAGGUUUGGACAUAAGGGAUCGACAAGGCUGGCCGAGUGCACUGCGCUUCUGGGAUGAGGAGUUGGUCUGUGCUGCUGCUGUGGGAGUGAAGAAGCUGCUCCCUUUGCCUGCACAACCUGCCCCAUGAUGACCUUCCAGAACCGCUUUGUUCUGCUGCUGGGUCUCGCCGCCCUGUUGGCUGUCAUCAGCCUGAGCCUGCAAUUCUUUCGGCUCAUUCCCCUGCCCGUGGGGUUCUACGGGGAAGAAGAGGCCAAGCCUCGCAAGCGGGUGCUGAUAGAUGGCUUGCUCAAAGCUCCGCAGGCUCUCGACCCCAUCACGGAGUCUGUGUACUACUGUAACCGGCCCAACGGCAGCGUGCAGGGACUUGAGGGUCACGCCCCUGUAGGAUUCAAACUGGAAGCAGCUCACAUCAUGAUACGACACGGAGACCGCUACCCACUCUACGCCAUCCCUAACGCAGCCGCCUUAAACAUCGACUGCAAUAUCAGGACUGAUAGGGCACCGUUUCAUCGGGCGCUGGAGGGAUUUGUGGCUCACAUGGCACAAGCCCGUGAAGGCCGCUUUGACGGCCCUUUGGCGGGGUUCCCACUACUGCCCAGCCACCCCCGCUGUGAGAUGGGUCAACUCACACAGACAGGUGUGGUUCAGCACCUGAUGAUUGGCCAGCACCUGCGGCAGACCUACUCAGACCUUCACGGCCUGCUCCUCAAACACGAGUCCGAGGCGGAGCGCGUGCGCGCCGCGUAUGUCGAAUCGACGGGCCGCGCGCGCACUCUGCAGAGCGCGCUGGCCCUGCUAUACGGCCUGCGGCCCGCAUUCGACUGGUCGCGCCUGCGCGUGCACCACCAGCCCUCGGCCUCCUACUGCUACGCGGCGUGCGAGUGCCCCGCCCGCAGCGCCUUCCAGGAGCUGGACCAGCGGCGGCAGUCUCGAGCGCGAUCUCGCGACCCGCAGCUGGCGCGCGCCUUCCGGGACAUGGCCUCGGCGCUGGACGUGCCGCCGGCCAGGCUGCGCGCCGCGGUACCCGUCGACCCGCUGCUGGCCCACUUCUGCCACGGCGUACCGUUCCCCUGCGCAUCGUCGUCGUCCUCGCCCUCGCCGCUGCUCCCGCCCCAACGUUCCGGCUGCGUGUCCGAGCAGCACUUCCGCACGCUGCGCGCCCAGCAGUUGGUGGACGAGAAGGAGCGCAAGGAGGCCGGGCUCUUCCGGCGCUUCGCGCUGCUCGUGAUGCACCCGUUCCUGAACCGCACGGCGCAGCGGCUCGGGGCGGUGGCUGCCGGCAAGCCCGCGGAGAGACUCGCCCUCUACUCGGCGCACGACGUCACGCUGGAGCCCGCCCUGAGCGCGCUCGGACUCGCCGGCGCUCGAUUCCCUCGGUACGCGGCGCGCCUCGUGUUCGAGCUCUGGAGGAAAGAAGACAAGGGCAGGUUGGCCGGCGGAGCGGAUGUCGGAGGGCACUUCAUCCGCGUGCUGUACAACGGCGAGGAUGUCACCUUCAAGACCGCAUUCUGCCAGAAUCACGAUUGGAAGCGCGGCACCGGAUCGCUGCUGUGCCCGUUUCAGAAAUUCCUCGACUUUGUGUCAAGAGAUAUGUUUGCGCCCUUCAAUAGCACAAGCUAUUAUGAAGCCUGCCACCACAUUCCACAGCCAGAUGCCGACAUGUAGUCCAAUUACUAUUGAGAGCAAGCAUUCCUCGCUGAAUGUUGGUUUACCCAGUAAUUUGUCAGGUAUAUUGUGCAUUGGAUGUGUAAAUGAGAUGUGGUAAUUUUGUCCUGUUCAAUAUAAACGUCCACAUUGUAAGUGAAAAAAAAAUGGUUUAUUUUAAUAGUUUUGCCUAAAAAAAUGGAUCAGAAUUAUCCAGUAAGGUAUAAACUGAUUGUUAUUAUUAUCAAAAAGACCACCCAUGUGACAUACCUUCCCAACUUGAUUAUUAAGUCUUGUGUUAGCUGGAAAAAAAGUCCACAUGCCACUGAUAUUUAUAACGUGGCUUUAAAUCUCCUAAACCAUCUUUAAAAAUAAUACACAGUUAAAAAUCACAUAAUAUGCCCAUAAACAUCCAGUGUUAAUGUGUAGUGUACAAACAGUAAAUCCAGCGUGGUAUUGGUAAUGUGCUCAUUAGUGCAGCAAAAGCGAAUUUAUUACCAGUGUCUUUCCUUUACUGGUGUCUAGAGUGUUUACCGUUUAUAUAUUUGCAUUUUAAAAGGCAUCGAUGUCAUUAUUUGUUUAAACCAACAAAACAUCUACCAUUAAUAAUAACAGGUUUACUGUAAAAGAAAUUCAAGCCAUCCUUUCAAUAUUCUUAACCAACUUAUAACAAGCAUGCGACAACUAUGGAAUCUUAUUCAUUGAAUUCAACCAUGGGCUCUUAAUAACUUUAUCAACCUCUUGUAUUACUGUGCAGCAGGUAAUGCAAUGAGUAUUUGCUUCAUAGUGACAUCUUCCAAUUUCGGAUCAGCAUAACUGUUUAAAUGUGAAAUCAUUUUUUGAACUCUUAAGCCUCGUAAAGGGUGUGUGUAACAUUUUUGCGUGCAGGUUUUUUUCUUGUUUAAAGGAAUGUUAUAUAUUUGACUAUGUGUUUCAAAGGUCACAUUUUGGUAUGUUAUAUGGCAUAGUCUACAGUCAAACACAAAGAAAAUGGGUAGGGCUCUUUGAUCAGGUUGUAUACAAUAAUGCUUGCCCAGAUAAGGCUUGCACAACCACUUGUGAAUUCUUGUACGCGAUGCAGAACAUUCCACAGUAUUUUUGGGGAAUAUAGCUUGGGCCAUUGUUUCACGAAAACACAAUCAGCUUUGUCCGAGUUGAUUGUGUUGCAAGCAUACUUGGCAAAGGAGGGACAUGGGCAGCUGUAGUUGAGAACGGGUAAAACUGGAAACAUUGAGCCUCGCCGCUUACUAAUGAAUCGGAGCACGCAAAUACCCGAAAGGUACACGAAGCGAAUCGAUUAGCUGUCCUGCUCGAUGAUACAUGGCUCUUCACAAGACACCAGUCAAACCUUUUUGGUUGAAGCCUCGAAACUUGUGCGGUCAAGGAGACUCGCACAUACUGAUACGUAGUUGGACUCCGGCCAAUUGCGAGAUUCCUUGGAGCCCAACAUUGGUUGGCUUGCACUGUUGUGUGAGGUUUACAGUUCACAGUUUUAUAGUUUACAUUCGUUUUCAAAAGUAAUGAAAGUAACAUUCUUGAGUGCUGCGUAUUCAAGGUGCCCCAUGCACAUGAACAGAUUAAGUGGUGCUUCGAGUGGCUGCGUCAACAUUACAUUUUUACUUAAAAUAGUAAAUUAACAUACAAGAUGCCUCCUUCCCAUAUGUGCCCCUCUACGUAAAAAAAUAUAUAAAAGUAUUAUUUUCACAUCCUAUCAGCCAGAUGGCCUUCUCAGUGCAUUUGGUUGAACACAGGCAAACUAAGUACCGAUUUUGACGUUCAGUGUCUUAGCAGUGAGGCUUGCUUGACCCAAUGCAGGUGAACUGACAGGUGUUUAAAGGCAAGGAACCUUUCUGUUAGAAAUAGGUCCUGAUUCCAUACAAAAUUAUACAAUACGUAGCAAAAUUAUAAUCAUCAAUAGCAUCUUAGAGAAUGUAAGAAAAUCAUAAAGGGGACAUUACGCCUCCUUCCCAGAGCUUUCCUUCCACGUGUAAAACAAAAGUAUUUUUACACAUCCCAUUGGGCAGCGUGCCUUCUGGGAGUGCAUAAUUUUAUACCGAUAAAAGGACGUAACAUCGUUGCAAAAACUUGUUUUUUUCUGCUAAAGCUUUGACAGGUAUUUUUGCUAAAGUAAAGUGACGAAUCGUAAUAUUUACACAGUGUACUCAUCAGCACUGGAUUUUGUGCACUUAGAAACCCCGUGCUUUUGUAAAAAUUGUGAAUGGAUUAAAUAUAUAUUGAUUAGACAUAGACGAAUGAUCGAGUAGAAUUUUCACCAGUUUUUUUCUUUUUACAUAUAAUCAAAUGCUUUAGUUCUUGGUGUUUUUUUUGAAAGACAGUGAAUUAUUUAAAACCACUUAAUGUAAAACUAGCAUUAAGUAUGUUCUUUAAUCUUCGUGAUUGACAUGAGCAGAGUGAUAUAUACUUGUUUUAUUGGAUCCUAAUAUUUUGCUACUGGUGUUGUAAAAAGAUAGUUUAAUAUUUAGCGAGUUAAUGGUAUGACUUUUGAAAAGCUGCUCGUCUAACCAGAGCUGUACAUUUUAACAAGCGUGGACUGACAGUCAGGGUACCAUAGGUGUAAUGCAAGUGAAUGAUGCAUUCCUUUAAUUUUUCGUUUAAGUUUUGAAAGUGCAAUAUUUUUUUACACUUCAAAUUGAAUCCAACAAUUGCAUUUCAUUUGUGUAUCGUUGGCACCACUGGGCCAGUGGCGGCUAUGCACGUUGCCUGUAAUCCAACACUGGAAGCGAGGGUUGGUGGAUUACGCAGAUGUUGGAAGCUGCCUAUCUGGGCUAUGUUUCCCCCUCGCAUGUGUUGGUUUUCUCUGGGUGCUCGGGUUACCUGCCGUAGGUAAAUACUCAGUAAUUGGCUGAUAACACCUUAACCCUUUCCCGUUCCAUGACAUACGUGCCCGUCUUACCGAUUCUGUACGGAGCCCGAAGCGAUUCUGAACGGAAUCGGAAGGAAAAGGCCAUUCGGGAGGGCGCGUGGCACAGUUUGGCGCCAGCCGUCGUAAAGUGCGGUUGUGUCGCAAACAGUUCUCUGCGGUGAGUAGAGUACAAUGUCGUUCCAAACAGCAGUGCUGUGCCUCUAGAUACAAUGAACGCUAACCGCUCGCGCAUUCCGAGAUUCAGCCGUGAACGGGACGCACCAUGCAACCUGCAGUCGUCUGGGAAUGGGAAAGGGUUUAAAUAUAGACUACCGCAGAGCUUGGGCAAUUGUUGGUACUGGCUUAUCACCUGGUUUACCACCUGGCUGCCUUUCCCGCUUGUCUGGUUUCUCUCUUCAAGGGUGAACAAAAACUGUCUACGUUGCAAGUUUAAACUAUUAUUAUGAUCAUACUUCAUAACCUAAAGGAAUCAACUUUGUUCUUUACGUUCCUAACUUCAUCUGCAUGUCAUAAGUUAAGCGCCUGUGUAAGUUAAAUAUGUGAUAUGCAUUGUCUCGUAAAUUACAAGACUAUGUAUAUAUUUAUGUGGUUCAUAAUUUGUUUUGAUAGCAUUGUUGAUUUUUUUAUAGGCUUGGUUCAUCGCAUCUGUUAGGAUUCUGCAAGGUUCUGGGAAACUUGAAUUGAUGCUGAGAAAGAAACCUGCUAAGAAGCUGAGUAACGAAGAUUUAUACCAUAACACAAUUCUAAGCGCAUUAUGUGUUGAGGAAACGUGUGCAAUUUAUUUUGUCUUUAAAUAUUCUAAGGUAUUAUAGCUACAAAAAGUGAGCUAUUUUGGAAGAAUAUUGUUUAUUUUGUUAAUGAUUGCUUUUUAUCGUAAUCCAUUGUAUUUAUUUUAUUCACAACCAUCGGUGAGCUAUUUGCCUUCAUAAUGCAACCAACUUGUCCAUCUUGUGCACAACUGAGAAAUAUGUAGAGCUACGUUAGGAAGUGGCUGACAUGUUCGCUUUUACAGUCUACUGCAUAUUGGUAUACCCCCAUGCAGGAAUAUUAAUACUUUAGUAUUUGGAGCUAUGCCCAACAACAUUUAGCCGUUCCUCAUAUCAACAGUGUGCUAUGGAGUCGACGUGUGAUUAUUAAAGGCUUAAACCGGCUGUAACUGUCAAAUUGACACAUUAUGACGUGCAAUAUCUGUAAUUAUUGAAGCUUCUAUUUACGGAUUAACCAACCGUCGUUUUUUUUGUAUUAAUAUUGACUUCAUCUCUGUUUAUUUCAUGGCUGAUGAGGUGUAUCGACCACAAUGCUUAACCAUUCCCUGUUUUUCUUUCUCAGCAUCAAUUUAAUGACCUUGAUUUUUUUUUAUCACAAAUAAUGAAAUGAGCAGACAUUUCACAUUGUGUUUUAUGUUUUCUUUCUAAGUGCAGUAAAUAUGAUCUAUUUUGAAACUGCACAUGUAGGACUACACAUGCAGUGUGAAAAAAAUACAGCGCUAUUUUCUUGCCAUGGGUUUCAUUCUGAUAUGUAUUUAAAAACGAACAGUAUACAUAGCUCUUCUUUCAUCGUGCCAACGUCCAGCAAAUGUUGGACCUGUAAUUUUCAGCAGUGCUAUUGAGACACCAAUAGUAAUGUUUUGUUUUUUACAAAUGAUAGAAGAAAGUUAUAUUUUACAUACCUUCCGGGUUUUUGCUGUAUUUCCUAUGAUGUAAUUGAUUGUUAAUAAUUACAACAUUGAUCUGUCUGGCAUAGUAAUGUAAUCGACAUUGAUUUACCAAUAACCACUUAAUGUAGCUUGAUAUUGGAAGACUUUAACCGAUGGUACGUUUGCCACUUUCAACUACUUUUUUCUCUUUCAUUAUUGUAAUUGCAAUGGUGACAUUUGUGAGUGGUGCUGUUUAUGAUGGUAAUUCCGUGUUAUGAACAUGCAUAUUUUGUCAACAAAUAGUAACAGCAAACCAGCCUUUUGCAGACAACCGAAGUAGGUGUCUGCAUAGGUAAAGUACUUUGAGGAUCGAUCCCAAUGUGUACAUCUAUUUGGACCAAUAGUGAAAUGUUUGAUUGCUGUGUUGACUUGACUACUGUAAUGAGUUCACAAAUCACGGUGUCUCAUCCUCCCUUAUCCAGAACCUUGAGGGUGGCUCAUUCAAGGCAACCUGCCAUCGUAUUUGCUGCGGAGGUUUUCACGGUUGUGCUGUAUAGUUUUCCAUUGUAUUUUUUUAGUUGUACCAUGUGUUGUGUGGCAAGGUGGCCCGAUGUUUCACCACCUGCUGGAAUUUUUUUCCGAUUCAGGCCCUGGGAGCGAAACGUCUGACAUAAUGCCGAACAAUGCAUGGCGUGACCCAAAAUAUGUCGGAGAGCUAGACUGUACAAGUGCUUGCUUGGAAGGGUGUACAGUAGACUUUUGGAGGCCCACAUUUAUCCAGCAACUGUGGUUUCUUAAACAUACACAUGAUCUGACUGUCUACCAUAAGGUCACUGAAGAAAAUACACGGCUGGUGGCUAUAUUUGCUAACAUUGGAGGUGUGGAGUGGGGAGCAUUGAAAGAUGUAUUGUGAGGACAUUCCAGUAUUGCUCUUGUAAUUCACCAUUCCUAGCACCGAUACAUUGUGUUGAUUAAUCGCUGCUUGGUUUGCUGUGGCUCUCGUCUGUAUGCAUUGUGAAAAUGUAGCAAUAGAAAACGUGGUUCCCCACAACUCAUGCAAUAAAAGCCAUUGCUUU